AUGGAUUCAAAGAAGUCUAACAAGAUUAGGGAGGUGGUUAAGCUUCAACAGAUGCUCAAGAAGUGGAAGAAACUUGCAAAUGCAAAUGCAAAUGCUUCCAACAAUAGCAGUAAAGGCAUGAAGUUCUUAAAACGAACUCUCUCGUUCACAGAUGUUUCUUCCAAUGACAUCGUUCCAAAAGGGUUUCUCGCUGUUUGCGUUGGUAAAGAGCUAAAGAGAUUCAUUAUUCCCACACAUUACUUGACACACCAAGCUUUUCAGAUGCUGCUGCAACAAGCCGAAGAGGAAUUUGGUUUCCAGCAAGAGGGUGUCCUCAAAAUUCCAUGCCAAGUUUCAGUGUUUCAGAAAAUAUUGAACGUGCUCGAAGACAAAAACGAAGCCUUGCAAUUGCAUGAGUUUGGGUUCAGCGGAGAGAAGGACAACGUUAUUAGUUGUCACGCAUCAGAUUGUGACGUUACUUCCCCUCAUCAUCCUCAAAUGUGUAGAUAG